GUCAACGCGCCCGCGGUAUAAAAACACGCGCAUUAUCACACCGCCACCAAUACAUUGCCGGCCGUCAGAGCGUUCGCAUUUCAAAUUCAAACUUGGAAUAGUGAACUUUUUAUAAGUGCCAGUGCUUCGUCCAGUUUGUAAAGGAUCUUUUUUCAGGAUGAAGGUCUUAUUAUUAUGCCUGGCCUUCGCGGCCGUAUGCUUGGCCAUGCCGGUAGCCGAGAACAAGGAGGAACCUGCCGCCCCCGCACCCGCACCCGCGCUCCCAGCUGAAGUGAAAGCUGACGCUGUGGUACCACAAGCCGAUGCCGCAGCUGUAGACAAGAAACCAGAAGAACCAAAACCCGAAAUCAAAGCUGAGGAAAAACCAGAAUUGAAACCUGAAGUAAAGAGCGCACCUGCGGAAGCUGCACCAGAAAAGAAACCCGAAGCACCAAAGCCUGAAGCCGCUCCUGAGGUCAAAAAAGAGGAAGUCCCCGAAGUCAAGCCGGCUGCUGAAGAAAAGAAACCUGAGGUGAGCCAGCCCGAGGAAUCCAAAGCUCAGGAAAAACGCGCUGAACCCGAGCCAAAGCCAGAAGAGUCGAAACCUGAAGCCAAGGCUGUAGUAAAAGAGGUCCCUAAGGAAGCGAUCGAUGUUGCCAGUGCAGUCGACCCUAAAGCUGCCAUCGCUGAUGACGUUGUUGAUCUAGCUGGCGUCGCGCCCGAGAACAAAGCUGAGGUACCUGCUGUAGUAGGCAAAUCUGCUGCUCCUGAAGAAAAGAAAGAGGAAAAGAAGGAAGAAAAUAAGGAGGUAAAGAAGGAAGAAUCUCCUGCUCCUAAAAUUGAAGCACCCAAACCAGAAGCGCCUAAAUCAGAAGAGGCCAAACCUGAGGUGAAAGCCGAAGAGAAACCCGUUGAAAAACCUGUCGAGAAGCCAGCUGAAAAGCCCGCUGAACCUAAGUCAGUUGACGCGCCUGUUGACGAUUCUUUAAGAGUAGUCCGCGAUACUAUUGAGGACCAGAAAGCUGCUGCUGUAGCUGCGCCGAAGGAGGCUGUUAAGGUAGAAGAAUCCGCCAAGGAUGUCAAACUUCCUGAGGCCCCUAAAGAAGAAAAGAAAGCGGAGCCUUCUAAGGAAGAACCAGCGAAGGAAGUCAAACCUGUCGAGGCAGUAAAGUCUGAUAAGCCGAGUGAGGAAAAAGUCGAACAAAAACCAGCAGUCCCAGAAAUUGCGCCCAAAUCUAUCGACGCAAAACCUGAGGAAGUCAGUGAAAAGAAGCCUGAACCAGUGAGUGAAAAGAAGCCCGAGUCUAAGGUUGAAAAGGUUGAAGAGAAGGAAAAGCCUUUGGGGGAUAGCCCUGCGCCUCCUGCCGCCACCUCAGAGAGCGCUGAAAGCGCCGAGAGCAGCGAGAAGGAAGCGCCUGAGAAGAAGAAACCAGAGGAUCAGAAGAAAGACUCCAGCAGCGAGUCCUCUGAAGAGGUUUCCAAGGAAGAGUCUUAAGUGAGUGUUGUAGCGCGCUCGGCGGCAGGCGUGUGUCGACCAGCGUCUCGACACGCGCCCCCCGCCUCGCGGGCCCGCGCCCGCCCGCGCCGUUGACGUAGCGUAUGUGACGUGUGCCUGAGUGAGUGUCUACCGUGGAUAACUGCGCUUAUUCACUAGAUUCUAGAGACUUAUUUAAAAUAGCCGAACGAAAAAUUAAUUACGUUGUAAUUAUGUCUCAGAGUAAAUUAUCGAAUUUCCGGUACUAUAAGAAAUUAAAGUAAAUAAAAUAUGAUUUAUAAUAAAA